UUCUCCCCAUUUUAUAGAGAGGAGGAGGAAACCAGUCUCAGGUCUUUCAGUUCCAAGUUGCUGUCAGGAUGGAGAAGAUCAUCUUCUGCUUUCUUAUUCUCACAAGUUCCUGUUGUUGGGGUGAAAAAUAUGUCUUUGUUGACAGUCCCCCCAAAAGGUGGGCGGAUGCAAAGGAUUACUGCCAGGAAAACUAUGCCAACAUUGUAUCCCUCACCAGUGCAGAAAAAGAGCGGGUGUUCAAAGAAUAUGUGAAUAAAAACGGACCAAGGGAAGGAUGGAUCGGGAUGUACUGGCAUCCAAACAGGAGAAAUUGGAAAUGGUGGAGAGGUGGCAAUGUCACCUACCACGGAGUUGUGAACUCUGGUGAAUGGGAUACGGCUAAAAAUGUCUACUGGAAACAUGAUGGAUGGCACUGGAAGGAUGGGACUGAUACUAAGAGUUUCUUCUGCCUGAACAUGAUUGUGGUCCAGGAAAGGAAGACCUGGGAGGAUGCUCUGGAGCACUGCAGAAAGAAUGAUGGCGACCUCAUCAGCCUGCUCUCUGAGGUAGAGAACUAUAUAUCUAAGAUAAAGAUCGAGGAUUCAGCCUUGACUCAUCAGGUGUGGAUCGGCAUGCGUUACCUUGGAGACAGCUGGAUGUGGGUGAACGGAGACCCUGUGCUGUACACGGCCUCAACAACAAAAGGGGAUCGGGACUACCAGUGUCCGAGGCUGAGGCGCUGCGGCGCUUUGACCAAAGAGGGGAAGUGGGAGAGCAGGGACUGUGAGGAGAAACUCAACUUCAUCUGUGCCUGAGUUUGACCAAGGAUCAAGUCUCUGAUUGGAUACAUCCACAAUAUAUCAUGUCAUAUUCUUGAGUCAUAUUUUAUCAUUAUAUCAAUUUUUUCUCCAUAUCUAUCAAUUUGCUUAUUAUACAACCUCAGUAGACCAAUGCCUCCUUAAAUAUCAAUGAGGUGGUUUAAUCUAAUAGUUUGACUGUGUGGGCUCCCUGUAACCUAAUUAAUGAGUGUUGUUCUUACACUGUGGUGAUUAUAAUAGGUCUGAUUAUGGGAUAGAAAAUGUAUCAAACACUGAAGAAACCCAUUUAAAAUGAGGUUCCUAGCUUGCUUUACUCUAAUAAUCUGUUUUAAUGUGUGCUGUUUAUUAUCUGAAUAAAAUCAUUAGUGGAUCAGA